GGGUAUCACGGCGUGGGGCGUCAGCGGGUCCUGCCGACACCUCCCGCCUGGGAGAGAGUCGCUGGUUUCGGGCAGCAGGCGAAUCCUCCUCGCUGCUCGCUGCGCUCCGGACCUCCGGCGAGGAAAGGGGGUGGUCUCGGGAAUGGAAAAGGGCGUUUGAAGCGCGACUCCUGCUUUUUACCAUACGGCCUGUGUGAACAUAUUCAUUUAUCAGCGCAGCAUGGUCACUUGCUGGAGGCAGCCUCAGAGGUGGUUCAACACCGCUGACAUCACAGUGGCUCACCAGAGCAGCCUGCUGAAGCAGCUCAACCAGCAGCGGCGCCAGGAGCUUUUCUGUGACUGCAGUGUGCUGGUGGAGGGCCAGCUCUUCAGGGCCCACCGCAACGUCCUGUUCGCCAGCAGCGGCUACUUCCGCAUGCUGCUGUCCCAGGGGCCCGACGGGAUGUCCGACUCCGUCAACGCCACCUUCGACGUCUUCAACCCCGAGACUUUCACCGUCAUCCUGGAUUUCAUCUACUCGGGGCAGCUCGACCUCUCGAGUCACAAUGUGAUUGAGGUGAUGUCGGCAGCCAGCUACUUGCAGAUGAACAAUGUCAUCAGCUACUGCAAGAACUUCAUCAAAUCCUCCUUGGACAUCAGUGUGAAGGAUGAAGACAGUGACCGUUGCAUCAGCUUGUCUGAGACCUGCAGUUUUACCAGCGGAGUGGGAGACGGGACCUCGGAGCAGCAGCAGCAAGGCCCCGGCUCCGUCAGCCCACCACCGGCGCUGUGGACCAACUCGCGGUCCCAGUGUGGCUUCAUGGGGAAGGACCUGGACCAGGAGUCACUGGCCUCAUCGGCCCUGAAGACAAACCCGAGCAGCCCUGCUGACGAUCUCAAAGCAGAGCCCGAGGACCUGCAGGACCCUGGGGACCCUCUGUACACCUUGCCUGGAUCACAGCGCCGGCGAGGUAAAGGGGGAACCAAGAGGAGAGCAUCCAACAGCACUCGCUCCAACCGACUUGAAGAUUUGGACAUCGAGGAGGCGAGGACUCAAAAGGCAGAAAUGGCGGAGGAGCUGUAUGCUACUCUGCCACCUAUGGUGGGCGUUAUCGGACACUUUAAUCAAGACUCCAACCCCAUGAUGCGUUUCAAAUGUCCCUUCUGCACACACACGGUAAAAAGGAAGGCCGACCUGAAGCGUCACUUGCGCUGCCACACGGGAGAGAGGCCGUACCCCUGUCAGGCCUGCAAUAAACGCUUCACACGCCUCGAGCAUCUUCGUAGCCAUUUCGAGACGAUACAUCAAGCCAGGAAGCUGGUGUGCAGGAAGUGUAAGUGUCAGGUGACGGAGGACACCGGGCAUGUGGUGUGUGAGGGCUCACGGCGCUACCGCAUGUGCACGGCAUGCAUCCAGGAGGUGGAUUGUGACGACAUCCCCAUGGACAGUCUAGAUAGCGCCAAUGAGGAGCCGGCCCUCUUGUUGGGGGUGGACGGGGAAGAGGAGGGGGACAGCAAGAGGGGCUGGAUGGUAGCCGACGACGACGACGACGACCUGGCUGAAGACUCGGGGGCCGACCUCAUCAUCCAGCAAGUGGACGACAGUGAUGAAGAGCUGCAGUGAAAUGGAACCAAAGUGUGUGUGCAGAGGCAUGCACGGAAAAUAACCUGUGUGUGUGUGUGUGUGUGUGUGCUUAAGCCAUGCAAGAGAAUGUAAGCAUACAAUACGUGAUACACUAAUGUAAAUACAAACACUUAAUAUAUGUUACUUGUCUAUUAGUUAAACGCAACUGGUUGAUCUUUACUUUAAAUGAGACGUUGACCGUUGUGACAAAGUGGAAUGCUUUUUGUUCGGCUUCAUAAAGAUAUGCAGUAUCCAAAGCUGGGUUUUCUUUGAUUUUAUCAUGGUUACAUGAUUCUCUUUCAGAGUUGUCUUCUUCCACAUGCAGGAAGAUCACGUCUGCUCCGUUUUGGGACACUACUUUGAUAAAAGCUGGCGUUUGAGUACAAACUAAGUGACAAGGACAGAAUAAUGACUGAUGCUGUUUCUCUACUUUCUGGGAGGGAGGUCAGGAAUGGAUUUUUAGAUUAUUACAGUUGUUAUGAUUAUGUUUGCUUAUGAUAUGCACUAUGAUAUAAAACCAAUUAUAAUUUAUUUGUUUGUUUUGUUACUUUUUGAUUAAAGAUAUUUUAUACAUUUCU